UCAUUCCCCCGUUGGUCAACGUUUUAUGAUCUCCAUAAGAUCUUCGUGGAAGCUGUAGCGCAACAAGGAGGUCCCUAUGAGGCAAAGCCAACUACGGUGAAGCAGACAAUGGAAGCUAUGGGAGUCACAGGCCUCACAAUCCAGAACAUAAAAAGCCACCUCCAAAGAUACAGGGAAAAGUGUGAUUUAGGAGGUCAACCUCCUCGGGAUGUUCGAGGUGCUGCAUCACCAAUCAUGGCAGGACAUAAUCUGACAUCUGACAGUGAGAUUGUGAUGGACAAUACCGCAGCUAUGCGUAUGGCUGAAAUGGAGAUGGUGAACUAUUUUCUUAUGGAUGACAGGGAGAUGGUGGAUAACGAGUUCUCUGCAGACGAGGUGCAGAUGAUGGAGAACGAACUGAUGAAUGAAAUCAAGGCGUCGCCAGGUUCUCGAAAAGAAUUGCAGGCAGCACCUUGUGCUUUCAACGGUGCAUGAACCAGCUCAUAUGCGUAGUAAUUCGGCAACAAGAAGAAUGGUAGGCUAAGGAAAAUGGCAGGA